CGUCCAAAGUUAAGGGGGUUUUCUGAUAUUUAGGUUUACAAAUAACCCCAAAAAGAUUAUAUACAGUCAUCUACAUCCAGCCCUCAAGCGCGCCAAAAUUCGAGCAUGAGCAGCUCCCUCUCAAUCCUAUGGAAACUCGCUCUCAAUCCGUUGCUUCUCAUCACCAAACAAUUCCAUUCCCAAUCCCAUCCUCAUCUUCUCCCUUCACAGUCCCCCUUCUCCUUAAUCGAUCUCCUCUACGACUGCAACUCCAAAUCCCUAACCCACGGCCUGUACACUCACAGCCCAUUAAUCAAGUUGGGCCUCCAAGCCCACACCCUCAUCAGCAACCUCCUCCUCUCCCUCUACUCCAAAUGCAAGAAAACCCAUCUCGCCCGCAAGCUGUUCGACGAAAUGCCACACAGAGACAUAGUCUCUUGGACCGGCAUAAUCUCCUCCUAUGUCAACACCGGGGCCCACGGCACCGCCCUCGAGCUUUUCGGCCAAAUGGUAUUGUCGGGUCUGAACCCAAAUCAGUUCACCUACGCCACCAUGAUCCGCUGCGCUUCCUCAGCUGGAGGAUUCGAUCUUGGCACAUGCAUCCAUGCACGGAUAUUAAAGAGGGGUUUCGAGUCAAAUGUUGUUCUCUCUAGCGCGAUGUUGGAUUUCUAUGCAAAGUGUGAUGAGUUGGAGGAUGCAUUGAGGAUGUUUUCGGAGAUGGAGGGUACAGAUACGGUAUCUUGGACUGUGAUGAUAUCUGCUCUUGUUGAGGCCGGAGAGUGGAGUGAGGCUCUGAGGAUGUUUAUGGAUAUGAUUGUUAAUGGUGUUUCUCCAAAUGAGUUUACUUUUGUGAAGAUCUUGUUGGCUUGUCGGUUUCUCAGGUUGCAUUACGGAGAGCUGGUUCAUGGUCAGCUGAUCGUGAGGGGUGUCGAUCUUAAUUUAGUACUAAAGACUGCACUCGUUGACAUGUAUGCAAAGUGUCGGCGGAUGAGAAAUGCGCUCAAAGUCUUGAACCAGACGUCUGAUUCUGAUGUGAUGCUGUGGACGACAAUAAUUUUUGGGUACGCUCAAGAUGCAGACUGUAAACUGGCUAUUGAAACUCUUCGGGAAAUGGAGAUUGCUGGAGUUUUGCCCAACUCCUUCACCUAUUCUGCAGUUCUGAAUGCUUGCGUGUCUUGUUCUGCGCUACAGCUCGGUAUGCAGACUCACUCUCGUGUCUUCAAGGUUGGGGUAGAAGGAGAUUUAUCUGUUGGUAAUGCGCUGGUGGACUUGUAUUCAAAAUUAUCAUCCAAUUUGAAUGAUUCUAUCCGUGCAUUUGGAGAAUUACAUUAUCUUGAUUCCUUCUCUUGGACGACUUUGAUCUCUGGUCUUCUUCGACACAAUCAAGUCAAUGAAGCAUUCACAGCGUUCACAGAGAUGCGAGCAACAGGAAUAGCACCCGAUUCUUACACUUUGUCUACUAUCCUCAAAAGCGGUGGAUAUUCUACAGAAGCUUUAGCUCAUGCAAUGGCGAUCCAUGCCUAUGUUCUAAAGACCAACGUGGAUGCUUGGGAUGUUCAAUUGAUCAUUGGAAACUCUCUUGUCGACGCGUACACUAGAUUAAAGCGAAUAGAUGAUGCAUGGAAUGUUGCAUACAUGAUGAUGCCACAUAGAGACAUCUUCACAUACACAAGCUUAGCCAAAGGCCUGAAUCAGCUUGGCCUUCAUAAAAAAGCACUUGACAUAAUCAUCCCAAUCAUGCACGAUGAUGAUGUGCGGAUUGACGGUUUCAGCCUUGCCACCUUCGUAUCUGCUACCUCUGGCUUAGCAGCCAUCGAGGCUGGCAAGCAACUCCACUGCUUGUCUCUGAAAUCGGGACUAAACAACUGGGUAUCAGUUUCCAAUGGUCUCAUUGACAUGUACAGCAAAUGUGGGUUCAUAGAGGAAGCUCGCAAAACUUUCGCAUUGAUCCCAGAACCAAAUGUAGCAUCUUGGAAUGGGCUUAUAUCAGGCUAUUCAUCAAAUGCCCGCUUCACUGAAGCAUUGUCAGCUUUCGAGGACAUGAGACUCGCAGGAGUUCAACCUGAUAAUAUCACAAUGUUGGUAGUUCUCUAUGCUUGUAGUCAUGGAGGUCUCGUUGAUUUGGGCGUCAAGUAUUUUAAAUCUAUGACUGAGAUGUUUGGAUUGAGCCCACAAUUGGAUCAUUAUGUAUGUUUGGUGGAUUUAUUGGGCCGAGCGGGGAGGCUAGAGGAGGCGGCGUGGGUUAUAGAGACGAUGAGCUUCAAGCCCAACGACCCGUUGAUAUAUAAGACGUUGUUGCAUUGCUGUAAGCUGCAUAGGAAUUUGGCGAUGGGGGAGAUUAUGGCAAGGAGAGUGAUGGAGAUGGAUCCUGGUGAUCCUGCGGUGUAUGUCAUGCUUGCGACGAUGUAUGACGAUGCAGGGAAGUCGCAAAUGGGGGAGAUGACCAGGGAAAUGAUGAGGGAGAGAGGGCUCAAUAAGUUCCCCGGGCAAAGUUGGGUAGAAACAAGGAACGUAGCAUAGAACCAAGUUUUUGAUAUUAUGCAUGGAAUUUUUUCUAAAGAAAGGUCGGAACAUGAGAUUUAGACGAAUAAAUUAGAAAUUUACGUGCGUUCUUCAACUUUUAUGAGUGCACACAAUCAGGCCAUGACUCCACAAGUGACUCCACAAGACGUGAUUCAUCUUCCUGGUAUACUCUUCAGCCUGACUUCACUAGACGAUUAUUGUCCUCUUAUUCAAAUGAGCCAGCAAGUUGUCCUAAACGUACUAUCCAUUCGUUUCUUCUGUCAAGCGGGAUUGCAUUCAAUCGCCAAGCAGCCAAAAACUCUUUCUGUUGAGAUUGAAUUGCAUAUAUCGAGAGUCUGAAACAAGCGCUUAAAGAAGAGGUGUUUUUGUUGGGUUAGAUUAAUCCAACGAACCCAAGUGGCCCAACCUACUCGAUUUUGGAUUUGAUUUAAAGUUGUCAUCGAUUCAAGUUAGGAUCAGGAUGCUAACCACAUGGUCUGGUUAGACAGUUUCAAGUUUAUCAAGUUGGGUGGUUAUCUUGAAUAUCUAAAGGAUAGGAUCAACCGGAGUGUAAUCCCACGGUUGUGAUUAAACCAUGAUGGGUAGGGUUAAUCACAAAUAUCUAUUUAAAGGGUGGGAGUCCCUCCUCUCAACCGUAUGCAGAAAAGAGACAUAAUUCCCAUCAUUGGCUACAGGAGGAGAGAGGAGAAGACUUCCAUUGUUUUCGACGGUGAACGGAGGAGAGAGGAGAAGACUUCCAUUGUUUUCGACGGUGAACGUUUUACAAAAUGCAUCGUCGUCGUUCAAUCCGAUACACCAUUUCAAAAGAUUGUCACCAUAAAUAGACGAUCAAGACAGAGAGGUCACGCAUGCAUUUUGGACCUUAGAGCGGGGCUGGAGUUGUUCAAACGAUAAAGCAAUUCUCAGUUUGUGGAGUAGGAUCUUUACUCCCAAGACUUUUCUAUGAUUGGAUUGUUUGAUUCAUAAAUAUAUCGCUCAAUGAGAGAUUGGAUCAAUCUAACUUCUUGGUUAUGAUGAUCUACAUAUUUGCCCACUGGGAAGAUGUUGUUUGAGGUCUUGAUGCUCCGUUCCAAGAUAUUCAAUCUGGGAACUCAUGGGAGCUUGAAGCUUAAGCAUGGACCUCCCCUCGUGAUAGCUCUGUUAAGGGGGGGAGAAAUCUCGAACCCAAAGAGAGAGAGAGAGAAAAGAUGGAUGAAAAAGAAGCAAAAGCUCAAAGCGACGGCGGCGACGGCAGCACGGCAUGCUGCUGUAUAUGUGGAGAUGUAGGAUUCUCCGAUGCCUUGCUCCGCUGCCCUUGCUGCCGUUAUCGCCUCCAGCACACAUAUUGCAGCAGGAUGUAUCCGGACAGAAUAGAGAUCGAAAACUGGGCCUGCGAGUGGUGCAUCCAUAAGCAGCAGCAGCAAGAGGGGGAGGAGAGAACCAGAAAGAAACUUAGGCCCGGUAACGGCCCGCUGGGCCCCAAGAACAAGAGCAGUAAGGCGGCGGACCGAUGGAGGAAGCUGGCGAGGGCGGCGAAGAUGGGGAGCGGCCAGAGGUACAAGCUCCUGGCCGACGUAAUCUGCUCUUAACCGUAUACGUACAUUUAUACGUAGUUGAGAAAAUUAAUAUACGUAGGAGUUUGGUCGUUGUCCAUGGUGUGACUCUGUUGACUUUUGGGACCGCUUGUUUUUAUGGUUUGGUAUGCCUUGU